GUAUUUAUAACUGACGCAUCGCCAAUUCGCGGUUUGACUCUGUACUAUGGUUAAUUGGUGAUGGACCAACUGGAAAUGGAGUCGCCGGAUGUCCCCGAGUGUCCUGUGUGCUUGCAGACCUACGACGGCGAGUACACAAUUCCACGCGUACUCGCCUGUGGACACACAACCUGCGAGUCAUGCCUUAAAAGCCUCCCUCAAAAGUACCCUCAGACAAUUCGCUGCCCGGCGUGUACCCAACUCGUCAAGUUCCCAUCCCAGGGCCCCUCUUUUCUUCCCAAAAAUAUCGACCUCCUCAGGCUAAUCCCCACCACCUCUCAACUUCAAAAUCCCCCAAAACCCCAUAACAAGGCCCAGAAUGACCUCCAACACCACCAUCUUCAAGUUGACUCUGUGUCUCGUUUAUGGUCUGAUGAGUUUUAUGCUACGUGGAAGAAUUGGGUUCUGCCCAAUGAUGGUGUUCUGGUUGAGGAGAAAAGGAAUGGAUUCGGGUGUUUGAAGGAGGAUAAUAGAAAGGUAAGGUUUUUUAAGCUUGCUGGUGUUUCUUUACCUGUCAAUGGGAGUGGCUCCGUUUUUAAGUUGAGUUAUGAUGCUUGGAUUAUGAAUUGUUUGUACGGAAUGAGAGAGGAGGUGAGAGAGCAAUUGAGUUUGAUUUUGAAAAUCUGUUCCAAAAACUCUAGGAUUUGUAAAGUUUAUGGCUUGUGGGCUGAUUUGGAACAUGGUGUUUUAUAUUUAGUUUGUGAGAGACUAAGUGGUGUUUUAGAUCAAUUGCCUCAGUUUGAAAAUGGUUUAACGGAAAAUGGUUUGUCCAGUUUUGCAAUGAUGGGAAUGGAAAUGUGUGAGGCAGUGAUUGCUUCGCAUUUGGAAGGCUUAUGUAUGGGUUGCUUAAGUUUGUCUUGUUUUGAAUUGGAUGAUUUUGGACAUGUAAAUCUAAGUUUGAGUGAGGUUUUGGUGACAGGAAGGGCUGUUCAUGAGGUCAUCAUGGAAGCUGGUUCUGAUGGGAGAAGGAUUUGUGAUAAGGAAAUAGGAAAAUUGGUAAGUGAAUCUUAUAAAAGGGGAGCCUUUUUGAGUCCAGAGAUGUUGUUUGAGAUAUUGAAGAAAGAUGCCAUAGAGGUAGAGUGUGUUAACUUUAGAUAUCCAGUUGUGCAUAGCUCGGACGUUUGGUCAUUGACAUGUAUUUUGCUUAGAUUUCUAAUUGGGAAACAAUUCACUGAAGAGCUGGUUGAUUAUGUGGAUCAUUUCAUUUCAAAAUCAAGUGAGGAGAACAGUUUGGAUUGUUCAGUUCUUUAUAUGGGUUUGAUGGAGAAAGUAAGAGCUAUGAUAGGAGGUAAAGUAGGUGAGGAAUGUGAAUCAUUGCAGAAGAUUCUGUGCAGAUGUUUGAAUUUUGACCCAGGGAGUCGCCCACUUGUAAUUGAUCUGUGGAAAUGUGUUCGAGAGUUUGUUAUUAAACUUCAGUUUGAUACUAUGCUCAGAUUGGAUAGGACUGUUCAUGAGAAGAGUAAGGGACAUUGCUUGGCGCUUGGUGAAUUUUCUCUAGUGCCCAAGAAAAUAUUAGAAAUACAUAAUAAAGAUGAGGUGCUGAGAGCAGACAACAGCAGUACAGAAAACCCAGAUCAAGUUGAGGGGGUUAGGGUUGACAAAGAUUUUGUUGAUGGUAUUUUGGAGGGAAAAGUCAAAUUGAAAAAUAUGCAGGGCCAUCUUGAUUGUGUAACAGGAUUAGCCGUUGGAGGGGGAUUUUUGUUUAGCUCCUCAUUUGAUAAAUCAGUUCAAGUCUGGUCUUUGAAGGAUUUCUCUCAUUUACAUACAUUUAAAGGUCAUGAACAUAAAGUAAUGGCUGUUAUUUAUGUUGACGAAGAACAACCAUUAUGCAUAAGUGGUGAUAGUGGAGGUGGCAUAUUUCUCUGGAGCCUUACUAUCCCUCUGAGGCAAGAACCAUUGAAGAAAUGGUAUGAGCAAAAAGAUUGGCGAUAUAGUGGAAUUCAUGCCUUGGCUACAGCGGGGAAUGGAUAUCUAUACACUGGAAGUGGAGAUAGGUCAAUUAAAGCAUGGUCAUUGCAAGAUGGCAUUCUAUCAAGCGCUAUGGAUGGUCAUAAAUCAGUAGUUUCCACAUUGGCAGCAUGUGAUGGAAUUCUCUAUAGUGGGAGUUGGGAUGGGACCAUUCGACUGUGGAGUCUAAGUGAUCAUAGUCUUUUGACAGUGUUAGGCGAAGAUGUGCCAGGAACUGUGACCUCUGUCUUGUCUCUUUUUGUUUCCCAGAAUCAGCUUGUUGCUGCACAUGAAAAUGGACAUUUAAAGGUAUGGAGAAAUGAUAUGUUUUUGAAAUCCAUGCAACCCCACAAUGGUGCCAUUUUUGCUAUUGGUAUGGAGGGGAGAUAUCUGUUUUCUGGAGGUUGGGACAAAGCUGUCAAUAUACAGGAAUUAUCAGGAGAUGAAUUUCAAGUAGAUACCAGAUCCAUUGGAUCAGUCCCUGGUGGUUCUGUCAUAACAUCUUUGUUAUACUCGCAAGGAAAGCUUUUUGUCGGUUAUGGUGAUAGAACUAUUAAGGUAUAUUACUAUGGAGAGUGAUCAAAUCUGGCCAGGUAAACGAUUUUUUUUUUUUUUUGGAUUACAUUUAUGUUCAACUCAACUCUUACUUUGUAGGAUCAUAGCCUUAUUAAGUGUGCUGAUAAAACGUUAUUUUAUAACGAUAAAAUUAAAAGGAAUUUUAUAAAAAGAAUUUUUUAUUA